GGCAUCAUUUAAUUAUAUUUCAUGUACUUAGUGAUUUUGUAUAUCUAGCUUUUAUUAUAUUAUGUGCUUGUACUUUUAGGCUAGUGUAUGAUCGCGAAACUGGAAAACCAAAAGGUUAUGGCUUUUGUGAGUAUAAAGACCAAGAAAUGGCCCUCAGUGCUAUGCGUAAUUUAAAUGGUUAUGAAUUAAAUGGAAGAGCAUUAAGAGUUGAUAAUGCUGCAAGUGAGAAAAGCAAGGAAGAAUUAAAAAAUUUACAAGCAUCAUUGGGUGGACCACCAGUAGAGAGUCCCUUUGGUCCAGAUGUGUCUCCUGAUAAGGCUCCUGAUGUAAUUGCAAAAACAAUGUGUAGUCUACCUCCUGAGCAGUUGUAUGACUUAAUGACACAGAUGAAGCAAUGUUUAGAAAAUAACCCCAAUGAAGCCCGGACUUUACUGGUACAGAAUCCUCAACUAACAUACGCUUUACUUCAAGCUCAGGUCAUCAUGAGGAUUGUAGAUCCUGAAACUGCUAUGGGGAUGCUGCAUGGGACAAAUACACAAGCAACAACAGCUGGUCUAUUACCAACACCUGAUGUAAAACCAUUCUUACCUACCCCCGAUGUAAAACCAAUGGUUCCGCCAACUCAGCCAAAUAUUCCUGCUUUAAAUGAAGCACCUACAACUUUUCCUGCUGCAGUGUCUACAUGUCCAACAGGUAUGAUGCCUACCAAUCCUAUAAUGACUAUGGCAAGGCCAGUUACUACUCAACAGUCAAGACCCUCAUUGUUGGGCGAUAGACCUGCUGUAAUUCCCGCUCCUCCUAAACCUGUACUUCCUAAUCCUGUGAUGCCUAAUACAUUUCCUGAAAGAGCAAUGGAUCCACGAGCUAUGGGUGAUCAUGAUUUACGCCAACCACCAGUGGCUGAUAGAGAUAUGAGGACUCUGCCUAUGAUGACUGGAGAUAAAGAUAUGAGGCAACAAAUGGGAGACCAGGAUUUAAGAACUUUAGGUGUACCUGGAGGUGUUCAAGAAUGUAGACCAUUUGAUCCUAGAUUUCGAGGUGUGCCAGGUCUUGAUGUGAGCACCCGUGGACCUCCUUUUGACCGUCCUAGUGUCCCAGCAACUGUUGAUUCUAGAACUUCAUAUGAAGCAAGACCUGCACCUCCUAGUCGAAUGGACACUCAGAGAAAUGUGUCUAUGCCUGCAGCUCCAACUAUUCCAAAUCCUCGCAUGCCGACUAAUCCUAGAAUUAGUGCUGUGAGCAAUGGAUCACCAAUGGUGGGUGGUGCAUCACCCUCAAAUGUUGUAUCAUCACCUCGUCAGCCUAAUGCUCUUGCUGCAGCAGCUGCGGCUAUAGCUCCACAUGAUCAAGAAAAAGUAAGUAUAAGUAACCAAAUCAAUAAGUCCCCCCCUUAAAUAGUUAAGCACAGAUAUUUUUGCAAAU